GUGUGGAGAGUCAGGCCGUGAUUGUGAGGCUUUCCCUACUGGCAGGUCGGAUGUGAGGCGCACAUCUUGCAGUGGCGUGGACUUGGCUUCACUCCUCCGGCACACACAGGCCUCGUCAUUCUUCGUCCUUCCCAGUGGGUAGGGCUGUCCCGCCCUGGCCCGUGCUGCCAGGGCUCUUAAACUCGGCCUGCUAAGUUCUGUCCCUCUCAGAAUGUCGUCUUCAAGGCCUGCUCCAUUUCCGUGCUUGGCUUUGUCCAACUCCGUAGAAAAUAUAUGUAUAUCCUUACUUGAAAAUUGAAUUAGCGAGUUGAAUUAGAGAGUUGCUGAGACCCAAGCACUUGGACCAUCCUCUGCUGCUUUUCCUGGGCCAUCAGCCUGGGGAGUUAGAUGGGACGCAGAGCAGCCAGGACUCAGCCCCACACAGGCUCCCCGCCACGCCAGCCCCACAGACGUUCUUUUUCCUUGGUCUUCACUGCAGCCAAGAAGGUGGCGAAUGACAGUGCAUGCCUUACACAGGCCACCGUGCUUAUUGGCCAAGCCAGGUGGUAGAGCCGCAGUGUGUGACUGGGUUCUAGAACCUACUCACCAACUGUGCUACAGCGGGUUCUAAACAGGCUUGUCUGAUCUCUCCCUGGGGACUGAAACAAAGGAAAUCUUUUUUGUCUACCUCAACAUUUUCUUGCUUUCUGCCCAAGAGCUUUUACUGGUUUCUUGACAUUGUUUUCUUCCAGGAAAUCCACAUUCAGAAUUCAGAUGGUGCAGCGCUUCCUGCUGCAGCGUCAGGCAGAAGGUGGGGGGCCGAGGGAGCGGGGCUGGUCCCAGAGCCUCUGCUUUGGAAACUGAGUUGUAACUUGCCUUUCCCCCUCAACAACGCAGUGUUGACAAGAUCAGCUUGUUUUACUCUCUGCCUCUGCUUGCGGCACGGUGCGCACUGGGCUGGGAGUGGGACCCUGCCAUGAAGGCGUGACCAGGGUCUGCAGGAGCGUUUCCUGAGGCACGCCCAGCAUCAGCUCCUUGGGACUUCCAGCUUUUGCAUGGCCCACGCCCCAUCCUGUCCAAGGGAGAAUGGUAUUGAAAGCGCUUGGAAAUAUCAGCCAUUCUUGGGGGCCUGCCGUGGCCGGUGAGUAAUGAAGUGGCAGAGGAAGCCGAGGAAAGAGCUCCUUAAUAUAGACCGGCACCCCGACUCACCCCAGGGCGGGACCUGCCUUUCCUCUAGUUUCCUCCCAGGACUGAGGAGCGCUGGCAAGGCCGCAGGCAGAGGCCGCUGGCAGGAGAGUUCCUUCGCUUCGCCCACUGAUGGGGAAUGUCUGAGAGAUGAACGCCCUCGCAGCCCAGGGACUGUGUGCUCCCCCACAACUCAGCAGGGACUCCGGGGCUGCCGAGGGGCCUCUGCUGCUUUGGCUGUAGGAUGGGCAAUGCCAUUGAAAAACAGAAGCCCCGGAAACGAAGUCCUCUGUGCCCCUGGAGACCAGACUCUCAGCGUUCGCACCUCUCUUCCUUCACAAUGAAGCUCAAGGACAAAUUCCACUCGCCCAAAAUCAAGAGGACCCCGUCGAAGAAGGGGAAGCCGGCCGAGGUGUCUGUGAAGGCUGUGGAGAAGCCUGUGGACAAAGAGGCAACAGACAGAUUUCUACCAGAGGGCUGCCCUCUCCCCUUGGAUCUGGAGCAGCAGGCAGUAGAAUUUAUGUCCACCAGUGCUGUGGCUUCCAGGUCUCAAAGGCAGAAGAACCUGAGCUGGCUGGAAGAGAAGGAGAAGGAGGUGGUCAGUGCCCUGCGCUACUUUAAGACCAUUGUGGACAAAAUGGCCAUUGACAAGAAAGUCCUGGAGAUGCUUCCGGGCUCGGCCAGCAAGGUGCUGGAGGCCAUCUUACCCUUGGUGCAGAGUGACCCCCGCAUUCAGCACAGCUCAGCCCUCUCCUCCUGCUACAGCCGAGUGUACCAGAGUCUCGCCAAUCUCAUCCGCUGGUCUGACCAAGUGAUGCUGGAAGGUGUGAAUUCAGAAGACAAAGAGAUGGUGACGACUGUGAAAGGGGUCAUCAAGGCUGUGCUGGACGGAGUGAAGGAGCUGGUCAGGCUGACCGUGGAGAAGCAGGGGCGGCCGUCUCCAACAAGCCCCGUGAAGCCCAGUGCCCCGGCCGGCAAGCCUGAUGGCCAAGCCGAGCUGCCCCUGACGGACCGAGAACUGGAGAUUCUCAACAAGACGAGUGGGGGGCCGCAGUCAGCUGAGCUGCUCCCAGACUCCAUGGACGAAGAGGCCGCGCCCCCCAAGCCCCCCUUACCGGGCAUUCGGGUGGUUGACAGUCCACCAGCACUGCCUCCCAAGAAAAGACAGUCGGCUCCCUCCCCAACCCGCGUGGCCGUGGUCGCCCCCAUGAGUCGAGCUACCAGCGGCUCCAGUUUGCCUGUUGGAAUCAAUAGGCAGGAUUUCGACGUUGACUGUUACGCACAGAGGCGGCUCUCCGGAGGCAGCCACUCCUACGGGGGCGAGUCGCCCCGCCUCUCCCCCUGCAGCAGCAUGGGCAAGCUCAGCAAGUCGGAUGAGCAGCUCUCGUCUCUGGACAGGGACAGCGGCCAGUGCUCCCGGAACACAAGCUGUGAAACACUAGAUCAUUACGACCCUGACUACGAAUUCCUCCAGCAAGACCUCUCGAACGCAGACCAGAUACCUCAGCAAGCGGCCUGUCACCUUAGCCCGCUGCCGGAGUCCCUGGGGGAGUCGGGACCUUCGUUUCUUGGCCGUCCUUUCCAGCUGUCGCUCAGCAGCUGUCCCCAGACUGAGGGCCAGCAGACGGACACGCCGCCCGCUCUGCCCGAGAAGAAGCGGCGGAGCGCGUCCUCGCAGACCACGGACAGCUCGGGCUGCAGGGUGUCCUAUGAGCGGCACCCCUCGCAGUAUGACAACCUCUCGGAGGACGACCUGCAGAACCCGGCCGCUGGCCAGCCCGCCCCCUACACGCCCUUCGCUGCUAUCCUCCCCUUCGCGCAAGGGGCUCCCUCGGCUCCUGUUGAAUUUGUGGGUGAUUUCACUGCUCCCGAAUCUACGAGUGACCCAGAGAAGCCACCGCCUCUACCAGAGAAGAAAAACAAACACAUGCUGGCCUACAUGCAGCUGUUGGAGGACUACUCGGAGCCACAGCCCUCGGUGUUCUACCAGACGCCGCAGAACGAGCACAUCUACCAGCAGAAGAACAAGCUGCUCAUGGAGGUGUACGGCUUCAGCGACUCCUUCAGCACGGGCAGCGACUCGCUGCAGGAGCUGGCCCCGCCGCCCGCCCUGCCCCCCAAGCAGCGGCAGCUGGAGUCGCCAGCUGGGAAAGACGCCCAUGCCAGAGAUCUUUCAGCGGCCAGCGGCACAGCCGGGAAGGACAGCAGAGAUGGCAGUGAGAGGACUCCCAAGUCCCCAGACGCCCUGGAGAUGGCUUCAUCAGAGGAGGAAGUAGACGAGCUGUCCCUCAUCGACCACAACGAAAUCAUGGCCCGGCUGACUCUGAAGCAGGAGGGGGACGACGGACCAGACGUCCGUGGAGGAUCAGGGGACAUCUUACUGGUCCAUGCCACGGAAACAGACAGGAAAGAUCUGGUGCUGUACUGCGAGGCCUUCCUGACCACCUACCGGACCUUUAUCACCCCCGAGGAGCUCAUCAAGAAGCUGCAGUACAGGUACGAGAAGUUCUCUCCCUUCGCCGACACCUUCAAGAAGCGCGUGAGCAAGAACACGUUCUUCGUGCUGGUGCGUGUGGUGGACGAGCUCUGCCUGGUGGAGCUGACAGAAGAGAUCCUGAAGCUCCUGAUGGAGCUGGUCUUCCGCCUGGUGUGCAGCGGGGAGCUCAGCCUGGCCCGCGUGCUCCGCAAGAACAUUCUAGACAAGGUGGACCAGAAGAAGCUGCUGAGAUGCGCCAACUCCGACCAGCCGCUGGCCGCCAGGGGAGUCGCGGCCAGGCCAGGGACCCUGCAUGACUUCCACAGCCAUGAAAUUGCAGAGCAGCUAACGCUGUUGGAUGCUGAGCUCUUUUAUAAAAUAGAGAUCCCUGAGGUUUUGCUUUGGGCCAAAGAGCAGAAUGAGGAGAAGAGCCCCAACCUGACGCAGUUCACGGAGCACUUCAACAACAUGUCCUACUGGGUCCGGUCCAUCAUUAUGCUGCAGGAGAAGGCCCAGGACCGGGAACGGCUGCUCUUAAAGUUCAUCAAGAUCAUGAAGCACUUACGGAAGCUCAACAACUUCAACUCCUACCUGGCCAUCCUGUCCGCACUGGACUCAGCCCCCAUCCGCCGACUAGAAUGGCAGAAGCAGACCUCGGAGGGUCUCGCCGAGUACUGCACGCUGAUCGACAGCUCGUCCUCCUUCCGAGCCUACCGGGCCGCCCUCUCGGAGGUGGAGCCUCCCUGCAUCCCCUACCUGGGGCUGAUCCUGCAGGACCUGACCUUCGUCCACCUGGGGAACCCCGACCACAUAGACGGGAAGGUGAACUUCUCCAAGCGCUGGCAGCAGUUCAACAUCUUGGACAGUAUGCGCUGCUUCCAGCAGGCGCAUUACGACAUUCGCAGAAAUGAUGACAUCAUCAAUUUCUUCAACGACUUCAGCGACCACCUGGCUGAGGAGGCCCUCUGGGAACUGUCACUGAAAAUUAAGCCCAGGAACCUCACGAGACGGAAGACAGACCGGGAGGAGAAGACCUAGGAGCCCCCCAGGCCUGGGGGCCGCCCGCACUGCACUGCCGGGCGUCGGGGCCACGAGCCCAGGUGACCUCGGCUCCGUGGGCCGCUCCUCCCCGAAGAGCAGGGUGAAGACAGCCAGUCCGCGGGGCCCAGCACUGCCCGCCAGCUCAUGACCGAAUUGUUUUUGCUUUCCUGUCUCUGCCACCCUCUACACCCCCAGUGGGAGCAGGACUGAGUCUGUGAGCAGGCCAGGGAAUGGCCAGUUCCCCUCCCCUAAGCUCCCCAGCCCAAGGACCCUGCUGGGAACAGGACGGCAGAGCAGGCAGGAGUGCUGGCAGGCGAGGUCUCGGCAGCACGGGGCCAGCCCUCCCGCCUGCCCACUGGCACUCCCUGCCGCUUUCCUGCUGGGGAUCUGGAGGGAGAGCCCCGAGUCCUCCCACGGGUGGCCAUGUCAGGCCAGCUCAGCCGGGGCCUGGGGACGCCGGCAGCCCUUCCUUCGCACUUGCUGUGUGCCUUAAACACCACCUCCCACCCUCCCAGGCCCUCGCCGGGUCCCUUGGUGCUUCCCAGGAGCCCUGGCAUCUCUGAGCAGGCUGCCGCGAGGCUGGGGCCAGGCCAGGUUCCGGAGGUGCCAGGGCAGGUGUCUCCCUGCGUCCUCGCUGCUCAGGUUGACAAUCCAGGCCCACGGGCUCACAGGAGCCUGCAUGCCCAGGUCAAGUCACGGGGGUGAGGGGGCCGUGGGCAGGUGCAGGCUGGGGUCAGCCUGCACAAACCAAGAGCAACCCGCAUCUGGUUACCACGUGGAUGCGUCCAGCCAACCAUGUCACUUUGAGUCCUUCCUGGGUCUUCAAACCGCUACUUUUACACAAGAGCGCAGGGGCUGUGUCCCCUGACAUGUGUUUGUUCUGUACAUAGAGGGGAGAAGGCUGGCGGGCAGUGGGGCAACCCCCCUCCCGCCACACCCCGCCACCUGUCACUUUAUUAUUUAAAGCGUGUGUGUGUGGAGCUGAUGGCGCGUGAGCUGUUGUGUGGGCAUGGAUUUUCCAUUUCCUCCCUUCGUCCUUUCAUUUCAGGCCUGCCCUCUCGCCACCAGCCCUCCCCUGGCCCACAGAUGCUGCCGUGCAGGUGGGACCCUGGGCACAGCGGGCAGACAUGGGCUCUCCCUGCUGCAGCCCUAGGCAGCCCAGUGCCCUGAGCAGCUCGCAGGGACUCCGGCAGGACUGCAGCGAGAGACAGUGUGUGGUUUAACUUAUUGGCCCAGGGGCCUCCCGCACAGGUGUGGCCUGUGCUGUGGG